UCCAGUCGGCGGCGACAGCGGCGGCGGCGAGAUGGUGGUGGUGGGGGGCGGUGGUGGAGGGAACGCAUGGGCGAAGGAGAUGACCCUCCGCCGCAGGAUGGCCAGCAUAUUCAACAAGACGCGGGAGCAUUUCCCGUCGCUGAAAGAUUACAACGACUACCUGGAGGAAGUCGAGGACAUGACCUUCAACCUGAUCGAAGGAUUCGAUGUCGAGGCGAUCGAAGCUAAAAUUUCUAGGUACCAGCAGGAAAAUGCUGAGCAGAUAUAUCUAUCACGAGCUAAAAGGGCUGAAGAUCUUGCAGCGGCACUGAAAGCGAGCAGAACGAAUCCUGUAAAAGCUGGUUCCAGUGAUACGGCUGCUGGAAGCUCCCAGGGCAUAAGUGGUGGGGCAGGAGUUCAAGGCCAGUAUGCGCCUGCUGCCGUUCCAGGUGGGUUGAAUCAGCCUCGUCCGACAGGCAACGCCCCACAACCAAUUGGUGGUUCCUUAGAUCCUCUACAAGGAUAUGAUGAGGAGACCAUGAGACUACGUGCGGAGAGAGGGGCACGAGCAGGUGGUUGGACUGCUGAGUUGGGUAAGCGAAGAGCAUUGGAGGAGGCGUUUAACAGCAUAUUCAUAUAAAGGUUAGAUCAGGCACAGCAAAUGUUCUGGAGGAUGCAUGGUUAACUUAUGACAACCCCCAGGCCACAGUGGUUACUACUUGUUCAGCUAUAACAUGGUUAGUUAUGGCCAACAUCUAGACUUCAAGCCAAAGAGACUGAAGUAUUAUCAAGCGGCCCGGAAAUCAUCCCAUUGCAAGUUGAGAACUAGGUUGCAUAUUGAUGUACCUGUGAUCGUGGCAAUGACUAAUAUGUACUUGCCAGUCUCUCAAAUACAUCACGGUGGUGAAACUUGUCAAUGUUCCUCUGUAAUGGCAUGAUUUUGUUGUUUGUCCAACCUUGACUCCUCAUGAAUAUAUAUAAUAUCAGUAUCACUUUGUCCA